AUUUUAUAUAAAUAUUCAUAUUGCCUAAUUUGCAUAACUGGCCUGCAUUCGGAAGUAAUUAGAAUAGAAUCACUAACACUGCUCAACAGCAAACUCCACACGUCAACUGAAGCUCUGAAAACAUCGUGGAUUUCAUCCCACUUUACGGAAUACACAAGCUGCUCAUAAAUUCUCCUCCAUGCCUCCAGUUCUGAAUAUUUAAAGAAGCCGUCCAAAGGAUAUGUGAGCUGGAUUUCUCCAGCAUGAUGAGAGAUGUGUGCAAAAAUAUUCUGGUAUCUAUAUCACGAAAUACAACAUCAAACGGCACUUUGAUUGUCUGCAGAUGAGAUGGAAUCAAAGUAGUGACGGAAUUGAUAACAUACUUCGUUAAGGCUCACAUACCCGAACCAUAAUUCACCAUUAUUAAGGAAAUCCUGGCAAAAUUUCAAUUGCUCUGUUCUUAGAGAGCCCAUCACCUUAUUGCAGUGAGUGCCCAACACAACAUGUUUGGUCCAGACUCCUUCUUCCUUGAGGGUUCCUAUAACAGAAAUGCCAGGCUCUGGACAUCGGAAGCGAAAUUUUUGAGCACCUUUGGGCAGGAAAACAGGUGGCACUCGAAAAAGUCCUCACCAGGAACCUACUCUACCCCAUGGAAUCAUAUCCAAGGUGAAAGGAAAGAUAAUAAAAAGAAGAGGGUGUCAACCAAGCAGUCGUUAUUUGGGGAUGGCCAACUCUUCAAUCCCAGUGAACCCCUCAGAUAUACAGAGCAAGAAGCUGUUGAGACCUCAAAACAGGCGAGCAGUCACAGAGGAAGUGCCAAGAACAGCGAGAGGGAGCCUAAGCAUCCACGAGAACCUCAGUUACCCAGAAUUGAUCAGCCUCAACAGAGACCUCGCAGUCAGGCUCCUUCUGAGGACACAGUGCAAAAUCGGGUGACAACCCCAUACCUGAGCAGUGUCCUAAACCAAAGAAAGUACGAGAGCAUUUUCAAACGCAAUCUUGAAGAAGGACUCCUGAAAAGAAUAGCAAGACGAAAAGUCCGUCGGCGUGUGUUUGGAGAAAUUGAUGCCAAAAAGGUCAACCAGUUUGGGACUGCCUGCUCACCUUUUCGUGCCCUUGCAACUACAGAGAUGGAGACUUUCACUUUACCCAGCAACUUACCCAUGACAUCACGGAUGGUGAGCAGGGGACUGGUUUGCACAACAGAGUCCGACUUAAAAACAAUGAAACUCACCUUCCCAGAAGUAGAAGAAGAGAAUGCUGAAGAGACCAAGCCAAGUGACAAGAAGAAUGCCCUGGACCAGACCAAAAAGUCUAUGCUGCCUCCAUUGCUUCAUCCAACGAGAUCACGGCUCUCUGAAAAUAAGAAGACUUCAGGUUUCCGCCUUCCUUCUGUUCCCAUAGUAAAGGCAUCUACAUCAUUAAAGUGGGGAAAGUACUAAAGUCUUCUUAAGCAAGCCCAUGUGAUUUCCAAGUGCUGCAAUAUUGGGACCUGGCCAGCGACUACCAACUCUCAUUUACUCAGAAACUAUUCCACUUGGAUAUACAGUAUGAAUGUUUCAAGAAAAGAACAUUGAUAUAUAUUACAUUACAAGUGCAGAAAUGUCAAAAGUGACUGGCUGAAGCAAGUGACACAGGCCUCUUUGGUGGGCCAAACUGAAAAUGAAUUUAGUUGUAUACAGCACCAGAAUAAAGCAAGGCAGAUAUUUAUCAGGGGUGCUUAGCAUACUUUUAAGUUUGAAUGUAAAACUUUUGAAUGUAGUCAAGUAGUCAUACAGAACACAGGGAGAAAACUGAUUUUUAAAAAGCGAAUGUAUAUACUUGCUCAUUUUAUUUUUGAACUUGAAGACUUUUGAUUUUAGGAAGUAUUAAAAAUAUUGCUUUGUGAAAAGAACCUGAGUUUUAAUACAAGUUGAUAUAAAGUG